UCGGUGUUAUUCGCGUUUUUAAUGGUUCGGGGGAGCUAAACUAAAAUAAAAUGAGCCUGGCACGAUAAAGAAUAGCCAUGUCGAAUAUCGUGGAAAAAACAGUAAAUUCCCUGCAGACGUAUGUGGGCAAAAACAUACUUGGAGGAAACUUCUACUUGCAGGAAGUACUGUCAGAGAUUGCAUCUGCACCUUCGAAAGAAGACGAAGAUGAGCUUAUUGCGAAAAGACUGUCUACUUUGGAGAAGGAUAUGAAAGAAUACACGAAGUCGGGGCGGAUGGAAGCUUGCCUGCUACAAGCAAUGUAUUUCGAAAUGUUAGGUCAUCCUACACCAUUUGCCUACAUGCACGCUGUCAAGUUACUUCAGCAAGGGAACCUGAGGCAGAAAUUAAUUGGGUACCUCGCUACGUCCGUCUUCCUUCAUCCAAACCAUGAGCUCACCUUGCUCCUCAUAAACAGCAUACAGAGGGACCUUUCAAGUAAUGUAUCCCUGAUCGUUGUGAUGGCACUGGCAGCAAUACCGAGGCUGAUCCACAGAGAACUGGCAAGCUCUGUGCACUCUCUUGUUUUGGAGAAAACCUCACAUCAUAGCUCUGCAGUACGAACAGCUGCACUCAUUGCACUGCAGCACUGCCACUCCCAGUGUGGAUCCAACCAGAUCCCUCGAGCGCACCUCGCUGUGCUGGAGAAGGGGCUUGCCGACUCUGACGUCACUGUUGUUGCAUCGGCGGCCCGCUGUUUGCAGCUUUGCACAAAGGUUGAGCCAAACACUACUUCUCACCUGUGCCCAACUUUGUUGAAGUUGCUUGCCCAGCUUAGGCAGAAAACAGUGCACAGUGAUUAUGACUUUGGAGGCCUCUCGGUGCCUUGGCUGCAGGUAUCCAUCCUGAGCACCUUGGGACACAUGAGCCUGGACACAGAGCAACACAAUCAGGUGGCACAACUGUUGAAAGAGGUGCUUGACUCGAGAGUAGUCAACCAAACAAUUUACUAUGCAAUCAUCUGGGAAUGCCUGGGAACAGUAGCUUGUAUAAUGGAUGGCAAUGCAGAACUUACAAAGAGCUCAAUUUCUUGCAUUGCUAAGAUGCUUCACUCGAGCAGCACUGACUUGAAUUACUCAGGUGUCGAUGCCCUGGAAAGGGUUCUCUCCAAGUGUUGUCCCACCGAAGCAGUGACCUGCCAAGAAGUGAUUAUUGAUUGCCUUCAUCAUCCCGAUGAAAGUGUGAGAAUCAAAACACUCAACUUGCUGGUUACCAUGGCUAAUGAAAGCAAUGUGGCCGUUAUCGUCAACCGCAUUAUGAAGUACAUAUCUACAAUGAAAGACCCUGCGGUUCAGUCAUUUGUUUGCGACAAGGUUAUCCACCUCCUGAAGAUAUACCCAAAGGACGUCAAGUGGGUGGCAACGACAUUCUGUUCUCUACUUUUCCUGGUUCCUGAUUUGAUUCUGAAUGCCACAGUGUUUUACUUCAUCAAUCUGCUCAGUUCAGGAGAAUCUGUUGUCCAGCAGAUUAUGCCACAUGUGCUUCAGGCAGAUCUCAACCUCUCAAGAAACUGCACAUCAGCAGUGCACUUCAUGGCUUGGGCAUUGGGGGAAGUGGCAUCGGCAUCAUCAGUCUGCUCCUUGGAAGAUGCACAGCAACGAUUAAUGUUGCUUUUGGAGCAGCAUAGUCAGCACAAGCAGCUUUCGUUGCACAUCCUCUGCUCCCUCUUCAAGCUGACAAUGCUUUCUAAGCAGCCACUUAAGGACGACCAACAGCUUUUGUCGCAGCUAUUCGACAGGGCCCCAAAUCUGCUCAUCAAACAGAGGUUGCGGGAGCUUUUGAAUUUGAACAAAGUACUUUCGACGGGACAGUGCAAUGUUCCUGCAAUGUCCGACUUCAGAGAAGAUGAAAUCAAGGUGGACACAACAUUGUCAUUCUUGGAUGACUAUGUUUGUAAAGCCCUCGAGAAUGGCGCAGUGCCGUACAGGUCAAGAGCACUUCCAUUGGUGUCAUUCGAAGAUAUACCAACGUCAUCUUCCCAGGCAGUCUUCUCAGAAGUGGGAACCUGUUCUUCUCGGCAUUCAACAGCCGAUACUGACGUUUUGUCUCCCGAAUAUUAUUCCUUUGCUUCGGAAGUUGUGUCAGAUCAAAGUCCUGUAAAACAACAGCCAUGGUCUGCACUUGGCAGGAAAAAAGAAGUAAAGGAUGUGCAUGCAGAAUUGCCGAGCACAGCUCCAGAAAACACUUCUAAGAACCCCAAAGCAGAGGAUGCAGAAUUGAUGAGGUCUUUAUUCACCUCCACUCAGUCAGUAAUGGUACCUCCCCACAGUGCAGGUACUCAUUGUGAGGGAGACUAAAAGAGGCUGCAAACAUUUCUAUCAUCAUGUAAGGCCGAGAGCGAACAUUCUGAUGCAAGAAACAUUCAAAGGAUUGAAGUGAACAGAUCUCUUAGGCACUGUAAUAACAUAGCGCACAAUAACAAAAAAAAA